GAAUAAGAACCAAAUGGAUGGCACCGGAAUGCAUGAUGUCAACGAAAGAUGCAGACGAGAAAAGUGACGUGUGGUCUUAUGGCGUUGUCCUCUGGGAAGUUUUUACUCUGGGGGAGACCCCGUACGGAACCGAGAAAAUCCCAGACCUGCGAGGCAGGCUCGAGAACAAUGUGCGUCUGCCCAAACCGGAGCUGUGUAAUGAAGUGUUGCACGAUUGGAUGACCAAAUGCUGGGCGUUUCAAGCGAAAGAUCGGCCUUCGUUCACCGAUAUCAAGAUCGGCCUGGACAUCAGCAAUGAUACCGAGGAUGUCUACGACUAUGUAUAGCUCAAAAACAAAGAAGAAGCGAACGGUUAAAGUCAAAAUUGUAAAUAACAAUAAAUGCCCAUAUAAAAAAACAAUUAUAUUUGAAUCGAUAAUUAUAACGCGAUGUGUAAUGGUGGUAGGGAUAUGGUUUGAAAUUAGCUUCAUUACAAUUUAAAAUAUUUAAAGAUAU